GAAAAAUGACGGUGCCGGAACUCAACGAGCAUGCUCCUAUCGACACACCUCCACGCGCGCCCUCUCCAGUGCACAAGUUUGGCACCCUCGCCGUCCACGCUGGCUCACCACACGAUCCAGUGACAGGAGCUGUCAUUGAGCCAAUUUCUCUCAGCACCACCUUUGCCCAGCGCUCGGUUGGUGUUCCUGUCGGCGACCAUGAGUACACCCGAUCCUCGAACCCGAAUCGAUGGAAUUUUGAAAACUCAAUAGCAGCACUCGAAAAGGCAAAGUACGCCCUAGCCUUUGCAUCCGGGUCGGCAACAACAGCAAUCAUUCUGCAGAGUUUAGCGGCUGGUAGCCACGUCGUCUCGAUUUCAGACGUCUAUGGAGGCACACACAGAUACUUCACGAAGGUUGCGUCAGCACACGGCGUGCGUGUGACCUUCACGCCCAGCAUCGAGCUAGAUAUCGAAGAGCUGAUCACACCGGAGACGAAAUUGAUCUGGAUUGAGACACCAUCCAACCCGACUCUGUCGCUGACGGACAUUCGACUCGUCACCGAUGUCGCGCACAAGAGCGGAAUCAUGGUCGUGGUGGACAACACAUUCAUGUCGCCCUACGUGCAGAAUCCGCUUGAUCAUGGCGCAGACAUCGUGGUCCACAGUGUAACCAAAUACAUCAACGGUCAUUCAGACGUGCUGAUGGGAGUCGCGGCGUAUAAUUCAGAUUCGUUGCACGAACGACUAAAAUUCUUGCAGAACGCCAUUGGUGCUGUGCCCAGCCCAUUUGACUGCUGGCUCGCUCAUCGUGGAGCUAAGACCUUACAUUUGCGAGCAAGAGAGGCCAGCAAGAAUGCACAAGCUGUUGCGGAAGCGCUCGAGGCUAGUCCGCAUGUUAUUGCCGUAAACUACCCCGGACUCAGUUCCCACCGACAACGCAAGAUUGCUAUCAAACAGCACCGGAAUGGCAUGGGCGGAGGAAUGCUUUCAUUCAGAAUCAAGGGUGGCAAGACAGCAGCUGAUCGGUUCUGCGAGGCCACAAAGAUCUUCACACUCGCUGAGUCUCUCGGGGGCAUCGAAAGCUUGUGCGAAGUACCAGCCAGCAUGACUCACAUGGGCAUUCCAAAGGAGAGUCGCGAGGCCGCUGGUGUCUUUGAUGAUCUGGUUAGGAUAUCAUGCGGUGUCGAGGAUCAGGACGAUCUGGUUGCGGACGUUCGACAAGCGCUUGAAAAAGUGGUUGUCGCCGCGAAAGUCACCAAUGGCGCCGUCAAUGGUCAUUCGUGAGGUACGACUGAGGUGGAUGUGUGCAUUUUGAUAGAGCUCUUCUGGUUCAGCGAGGGUUUAGAUUCCCUUGAAACUGCAAUCAAAACUUGAGAUACCCACAAUUACAAUCAAUGAAUCGGCAGCUGUCAUUUUC